GGUAAGACUCCCAUGGUUUACCUGAACAAUAUCAUCGGAGGGUGUGCGGCAAAUAUUGCUGCUAAGCUUGAAAUGAUGCAACCAUGUUGCAGUCUAAAGGACAGGAUUGGAUAUAGUAUGAUUUCUGAUGCUGAGCAAAAAGGACUUAUUACACCAGGAAAGAGUACUUUGGUUGAACCUACAGGUGGAAACACAGGAGUUGGUCUUGCAUUUAUUGCUGCUUCAAAGGGAUACAAACUAAUAAUUGCAAUGCCAGCUUCCAUGAGUAUGGAGAGGAGAAUUGUUAUAAGAGCAUUUGGAGCCGAAGUUGUAUUAACAAAUCCAGCGAAAGGCAUGAGGGGAGCAGUUGAGAAAGCUGAAGAGAUUUUAAAAAAGACACCUAAAGCAUAUAUGCUUAAUCAAUAUGACAAUCCUACUAACCCUAAGGUACACUAUGAGACAACCGGUCCAGAGAUAUGGGAAGAUACUAAAGGCAAGGUGGAUAUUUUAGUUGCAGAAAUUGGAACAGGUGGCACAAUUUCUGGCGUUGGCCGAUUUCUGAAAGAGAAAAAUCCAAAUAUUAAGAUUAUUGGUGUUGAACCUAGUGCAAGUAACGUAAUCAAUGGAGGAAAGCCAGGAAAUCAUCAAAUUCAAGGAAUUGGAGCUGGUUUUAUAUCCAAUAAUUUGGACCAAAGUGUAGUUGAUGAAGUCAUCGAGAUAUCCGAUGAAGAAGCUAUUCAGACGGCAAAACAAUUGGCACUGCAGGAAGCCUUACUGGUGGGCAUUUCUUCUGGAGCAACAGCAGCUGCUGCAUUGAAAGUGGCAAAAAGACCUGAGAAUGCUGGAAAGCUUAUUGUGGUCGUAUUUGCCGGCUUUGGAGAACGAUACCUUUCCUCGGUCCUUUUCCAAUCACUCCGAGAAGAAUGUGAAAACAUGCAACAUGAACCAUGA